UAACGUCGAGCGCUGCACUGUACCUCCAUCCCAGUACAGUCCAGCCUUCGCGCACGACGGCGACCUUCUACGCCGGUUGAUCAUGCUACCUCCUCACACCUACCGACGUGUGUUCCAUGCCAUUGUCGCUCAGCAACUACCCGGUGGCGUCAUCAUCCGGAAUUUAGAACAGCCGCGCCGAACUCGAGAUCCUCUUAUAGCGGUGGCACCACCUUCCGCAACCUCUGCGUCUGGCCCCCUAGGAACAGUCUUGGGGUUUUCUUGGCGUGGCUCGCUGGGCUUCUACUGUCUCUUUUUUUUGUGUUUAAUACUUUUUUGUCUUGUUUGCGAGCGCGGCAUUUGUAUACUUGGGCGGCAUUUCUGGCAGUUUUGUGCGGCUAUUGCGUUUGACUCAUGGGCGAUAGGUGGACUGGAACGGCCUUGUUUCGGGGGUGUGGUGUGAGAUCAGCGAGUGAGGCUGGGGGGCUAUUUGUACGAGGAGCUUUCUUGAGAAUACAGUGGUUUAAUUCAUCGCUUCGUGAACGCGAGGAAUGGUUUUUGACAUGGGUCACUUCGGCCCGGUGUAU